CCUACUCCCGCGAUGUAACAGACCCAAGCUCAAUUUGAGGUUUCUCUCCGCGCCCCCGCCCCCAAAUUCUUCAUCCAAAUUGGUGAGGAUUAGGGUUUUUCUAGGGUUUUUAGAAUUCUUCUAAAAGAGCAAGCAUGGGCAGGAAGAAGAAAUCUCGAGCAGAUCUCAAGGAUGCCACGAAGGUCCCUCGAACAGGAGAGCUCCGAUUUUUACGAUAAGGAACGCCUUGAUGAUCUUCUUGCAAAAAUCAAGAGGAGCAUAGAAUUGGCUAAAGAACUGAAAGGACCUUUACCGGAGAAAAUAUGGAUGAAGCAACAAUUUGCAAUUGGCGUAAAUGAUGUAACACGCGUGCUGGAGAGAAUGCCUCAUGAUUUGUUGCCAGUUCAAUCUACAUCCAACUCAGUUAAUGGCCCUCUCAGGAGAGCUCCUUUAGUGCCGCUUCAGGCUGUUAUUGUAGCUUUAGACUGCAACCCCCGAUGGUUAGUAAAGCAUAUACCAAGCUUAUCAUCAUCCAGGCAGGUUCCAGUAAUAUCAAUCAAGGACAGCAAAAGGGGUUCCCUGAGAUUAGGCGAACUGGUAAAUCUGAAAACAGCAAUGGUAAUCGGAGUAAAGACCAAAGGAAGCAAAAUCAACGAAGCCAUUGAUGCAAUUCUGAGCGGUGGUGAUACAUUAUUGGAGGAUAUUAGCAAAACACCUUGAAAAAGACCUGUACUCGAGCUGCAGGUUACAAAAAAUUUUCUUUGUCACAAAGCUCUGAGGAAGCAAAGCUUGUGUAAACAAGAGUAUUUAGGCAACAUGAACCAACUGUUACGGAAUAAUAGAGGUGGCAAACAACAUGUUUUGAGUUAGUCUUGUAGCUUCAGCACCUCCUACUCCACCAAGUAUCAGUUAUUUUUAAGCUGUAUAUUCGCAUGUUUCCUAAGCAUUGGUGUAUUUUUUUUAAGAGAAUGCUGAGUUGGAAUGUUUAAGAAAAUUUUGGUUGGAAUUUAUGUAGUACAUAUAUAUGUGAGAA